AUGUUCCUCCUCACGGUAGACCCCUUGGGCGCCAACCUCGCUCUGAAGCGUUCUCGUUCCGGUGCCGUGACCCACAUGCAGAUGCACCGCCGGGAGCUGCCGCUGGACAUCUCCGUGGAGCAGCUGCGCUUCGUGGAUCGCUUCCGCCAAGCGCUGCGCGCAGCGAUGCUGCACGACGACGCGGCGCUGCUGGAGAGCGACUUGCUACCGGAGCUCCGGGCCUUCUGCAGAGAGGGCGAGACCCGUGACCUGACAGCUACUACCCGCACCAAACCCAACCCCUCGCGGGGCUCGGGCAAAUGGGUCCAAGUGGUGCGCUGCGAUCUGCCCGGGGCCAUCCUGCCCAACUUAGAGCCUUUGGGUAUCGUCCUUGAGCGAGACGUGCCUGGCAGAGACGUGUGCAGGUUCAUCCACUUGGACUUGCUGGUCUGA